AUGAUGAAAGACGCAGCUCUGGUGUUACACAUUGUCUCUGACAACGGAACUCAGUUCGUCGGCAAGGACCUCACCAACCUUUGUGCCGAGUUUGGGAUACGAUUCUUCAACUCCACACCAGCCUACCCCCAGGGAAAUGGCCAGGCAGAGGCCACAAACAAAACCGUCUGCGCCGGCAUCAAGCGUCAGCUAAACUCCAAAAGAGGAAAAUGGGCUGAAGAAUUGCCACGCGUUCUAUGGGCCUACCGGUCUACACCAAGGCGUUCAACGGGCCAGACACCAUUUUCAAUGGCGUUCGACAUGGAAGCCGUGAUCCCGUUGGAGUCCAAGUUUUCAACUCUCAGAACAGAAACAUUUGACCCCAAAACAAACAACGACGCUAUGGCGCAAGAGCUGAUUUUGGCAGAAGAAAAGCGUGAUGAUGCUCGCCUGCACCUCGCUGAAUACCAGCAGCAGGUGGCCAAGGGAUACAACCGCAGCGUGCGAGUCAAAAAGCUCGGCAAAAACCUACAAGCUAGCAACUACAACGAUUGGCCAACAUCCCUACCAACUACGCCGAACCCAAACCAAAGUGGGGGCUACGAAUAA